AUGGCUCAACAGUUCCGAGAGCCUCUCAAAAGAGCAGAUGGCUCUGCCUUUGGCCCUGUGGCUACAAGGCUGUCCUACCAGGAGCAGCCCCCACUGGCAGCUCUGGCCCUGGGGAUUUGGCCAAGGCCGGGGGGCGCAGGGCCUCGUGCACGGCCGGCUCCGACGCAUCAUCUUUGUAUUCCACCUCUGUCCGCCGCGCCGAGUCGCCAAGAAGCGUUUCAUGCCCCGGUGACCCGAGAGAGGGUGAGGCGAAGGGGAAGGUUCGGGGGCGCGUGUCCCACAGGCUCAGGUGGGGCGGCCGUGCGCGCCUGCAGGACGCGGCUCCUGGGACAUGCCCGGGACUCCGCGGCGGAGGGUGUGUGCGGCGGGGCGCGGGCUCGCUGGAGAGCUCGGCUGCACACGGAGCAGGCGGACUCGGCGGGACCGCAGCGCGCGGAAGCAGCGCCCCCCGGUCCUUACCCCCGCCCCGCGCAGGCUCUUAGUACAUCCAGGAUCCUGGGCUGCCCGGGGGCCUGGCCACUCCUGCCCGCAGCCCUGCCUUGGCUGAGCUGUCACUGUGGCGUGUCCCAGGCUGCUGGCAUGCCUGUCAUCAGCAGUGCACAGGCGAUGAUGGCUGCGUGAGUGCCUGCCAUGGCCCACUGGAAGCAUGAGAGUGUGGGGAGCAACAUGUUGGACCACGAGCUGAGGCCGGGCCCUGUCCCCCACGGCCAGGAGCAAAGACGUGGAGCUGCCCUUAGAGGACUAUAGCCUCCUACUGUGGCCAGAGAGCUCCAUGCCCGAGGAGUAGAAGUGCCACAACCACAGCCCCGAUGGAGACUCCAGGUCCAACUAUGUGAACAACUACACACCACACACAUAGCACACACAUGCCCACCACACACACUCCACACACUUAACCCAUAUACACCACACAUACACCAUGCCACCUCACACAUACCAUACACAUAUCAUACCCACCUCACACACAUACCCCAUACACACCACACACAAUACACACCCACCUCUCACACCACAUAUAUACCAUGUCCACCUCACACACCCCACGCACUUAACCCAUAUACACCACACACACACCACACAUACCAUGCCAUCUCACACACACUCUACACAUAUCAUACCCACCUCACACACCAGGCACACUUAACCCACACACACUACACACCACAUAUAUACCAUGCCCACCUCAUACACCCCACACACUUAACCCAUAUACACCACAAACACAGCACACACAUAUCAUACCCGCCUCACACACACCACACACUGCGAUAUUGGAGGAGGAGGAGGGCAUCACCUACAACAUCUGCUACAGCCCCAAGGACAACAGCUGCCCGGAGGGCAUGGACUGUAAUGGGGAUGAGUACCUGGUCCAUGGCACGCACCCGUGGACACCAACAAGUGCCAGGAGCAUCUACACAAAAUGCCUCAUAACUGGACCAGUGAAGAGCUCAGCCCCCCAUUAGAACUGCAAGGCAACCAGUACCUUUCACGGCCUCUCUUCAGCAUCUGCAGGGGCUGUACCAAGGAGGUCCCUUGCUCUCAGGCCCCUCUGCUACCUUCCCUGGGACAGGAGAGUCCUACUCUGGGGCAGGAGAGGAAUGGCUGGACUCGGCAGGCCUGCACCCCCACAGCCACUGUGCUGAGGGCAGCCAGGACUACCCGGAUGGCCACCUGCCCAUCCUGGAGGACGAGCCCUCUGUCCUGGAGGCCCACGACCAGGAAGAAGAUGGCUACUACUGUCCCAGCAAAGAGGCCAAUGGGAACACUGGUGCCUCCCACUACCACCCGAGGCAUGGGACGGGACUUAGAGGACCAGGAGGGAGACAUCGACCUGAUCGUGGCCGAGAUCAAGAGGAGCCUGAGCAUGACCGGCAUCACCAGUGCCAGUGAGGCAGCAGAACUAGAAAACGUUGCGCAGGAGUGACAAACUCUAGAUUCAGAGGAGUGGGUACCUCUAGGGAUGGGUAGAGGAAUAAGCCUGUGGGGGGAGGUUCUGGGGCCUUUAUUUCAUACAUAAGUUUGUUUUAGUUCAUAAAACACAAAAAAAUCUGAAGCAAGUACCACUACAUAUGAGUAUGUUCUGAUAACCCCAGAGAGUGGUACCCAGGGGUUUGGCAUAUGGGCUCCUACAGAUUUAUGUAUGUUUGAAAUACUUACUUUGAAAUAUUUACUUACAUUUAUUCAUUCAUUCUUGAGAUGGAGCCUUGCUCUGUCGUCCUUGACUCACUGCAACCUCUGCCUCCUGAGUUCAAGCAAUUCUCCCACCUUAGCCUCCUGAGUAGCCAGGUUUACAGGUGCGUACAAGCACGCCGGUGUAAUUUUUGUGUUUUUAGUAGAGACGGGAUUUCACCAUGUUGACCAGACUGGUCUUGAACUCCUGACCUCAAGUGAUCUACCUGUCUCAGCUGCCCUUGGAGGACUAUAGCCUCCUACUGUGGCCAGAGAGCUCCAUGUCUGAGGAGUAGAAAUGCCACAACCACAGCCCCGAUAAGGACUCCAGGUCCAACUAUGUGAACACCACCAACAUGAUGGGGUUAUGCACCCGCACUGAAGUAUUUAAUAAUACAUUUUAUUUCGUUUUAAGGAGUGUCUUUUGGUGAGUAUGCCCAGGAGGAGGAUGGCUGUGGAGAUGGACAGGCACCCUCCCUGGUAUGCACCCGGCCCCUUGUCUGGCCUAGCCAGGCCCCAGCUGCAGGCUGAGUGAUUGUCCAUGGGCCAGACAGGCUGACAUCAUGCACCCACUGUGAUAUUAGAAGUAAUAUCUGCUUAAAAUAUUAUGAAUAACAUUUCUGAGUAUACACGUGGUGGACACCAGCUUUGAUAUUAAAGUAAUAUCUUUCUAGGAUAUAAUAAAUAUGUCAUAGGGUCUUAAACAUAAUGUACACCCUUAUUUAUACAUUAUGUUUAAAAUCAGCUUCGAUAUUAAAGUAAUAUCUUUCUAAGAUAUUAUAAAUAAUGUCAUAGGGUCUUAAACAAAAUGUAUUAGGAGUAAUAUAUCCAUGAAACAAGAAAAAGUCUGAAUGUAUUCGGAGUAAUUAGGAGUAAUAUGUUUAAUGUCAUAGGGUGAGUAAUGUCACCCUAGCCCCCCGGAUAUUACAAACCCCAUGGCUGCCUGCAGCCCCAUAGCCAUAGGGCGAGUAAUGUCACCCCGGCCCCUCCUGGAUAUUACGAACCCCAUGGCUAGGGAGCUGCCUGCAGCCCACUAGCCAUAGGGCGAGUAAUGUCACCCUGGCCCCCCCGGAUAUCAUGAACGGGAUAUUACCCACACCAGCUAUUUAGAAAAUUUGGAGUAAUAUGAUACUAGGAACCGUAUCAUAGGGAGAAUAUAAUGUUAUUCUGUUUCUUUUUUGAUAUUAGGCACAAUAACACUAAUUGUAGUUCUUCCUCUGUGAUAUUGACAAAAAUAUCAUCCUCACCCCCUUGUUAUAGAAUUGAAAUCACAGGGGUUUCACCCCAUGCAAUAUUUAAUGUAAUUAUUUUUUGUGGAUGUUAGUCACAGUGUCACAGCGUGGUGUACACCUCUUUCCAUAUUGAGAGUAUUACCAUAUGGGCAGUGACAACAUCCUCUCCUUCCCUGGAUAUUAGGAACAAUAGCACAGGGCGGGUGUGCAGCCCCAGCCACAUUGGUUGCAAUAUCAUCUCUCAUCCCUAGAUAUUAGGAAUAGAUGUAUCACAGGGGGGUUGUGUGCUUCCUGAGAAAUUUGGAGCAAUAUCCUCUCCAUUUUUGGAUAUUAGAAACAAUCUUACAGUGGUGGUGUACACUUCUGGCGAUAUUGAGAGGCUAAUCCUCUCUCCCCCGAUAUUAGGACCUAUAUCACGGAAGCGUUGUACACCGCCUGGGGGCAUGUAAACUUAAUGCAAUUCUGUGAGUAAUAUUAUCCUCUUCCCCCAUUAGAAACAGUAUCACACAGGGUGAUACAUCCCUUCUGAUGUACAGCCCUGGGUAUUAGACCGAUAUCACGGGAGCGGGAGGAUAUCUAGGAUACUGGGAGUAAUAUCGUCCUCUUCCCCCUGGAUACUAAGAAGAAUAUCAGAGGGGGAUGGACACUGCUGCUUUAUUGGGAGUAAUAUUAUUCUGUCCCCCCCACCUCAGAUAUUAGGAACAGUGUUAUAGAGGUGGUGUACACCCCCUGAGAUAUGAAGAGUAAUAUCCCUCUCUGCCCCUUUAGCUAUUAGGAACAACGUUAAAAGACGGUGUGUACACCACCAGCGAUACUGGGAGGAGUGUUAGCCUCUACCCCCAGAUACCAGGGAAAAUAGCCCAGCACAGGUGUACAAUUCUUACGAUAUUGGGAGUAAUAUCAUCCUCUUCCCCCCUGCCCCGCCAUAUCAGAAACACCACCACAGGGGCUGUGUUUACCCACUGCGAUAUUGGGAGCAAUAUGAUGCUCUCCCUUCCUGGAUAUUAGAAAAAAAAUCUCCCAACCUAGCAAAGCAGGACAAUAUUCAACCCCAGGUAAUACAGAGAAGACCACAAAGAUAUUCCUCAAGAAGAGCAACCCCAAGGCACAUAAUCAUUAGAUUCACCAGGGUUGAAACGAAAGAGAAAAUACUAAGGGCAACCAGAGGGAAAGAUCAGGUUACCCACAAAGGGAACCCUAUCAGACUUCAGAAGAGAGUGGGGGCCAAUAUUCAACAUCCUUAAAGAACAACUUUCAGCCCAGAAUUUCAUAUCCUGCCAAACUAAGCUUCACAAUUGAAGGAAAAAUAAAAUCUUUCAUGAACAAGCAAGUACUCAGAGAUUUUAUUACCACCAGGCCUGCUUUGCAAAAGCUUCUGAAAGAAGCAUUACACACAGAAAGAAACAACCAGUAUUAGUGUUUCUAAAAAUAUACCAAAAAGUAAAGAGCAUCAACAUAAAGAAUUUACAUCAACAAAUGGAUAAAAUAGCCAGUUAACAUCAAAUAGAAGUAACCCUAAAUUUAAGUGACUAAAUCCCCCAAUCAAAAGAUACAGCCAAAACCUAAUGGUAUGCUGCAUCCAGACCCAUUUCACAUCCAAAGAUACACAAAGACUCAAAACAAAGGGAUGGAGAAAGACUUACCAACCAAAUGGAGAGCAAAAAUAAAUAAAGAGCAGGAGUUGCAAUUCUCGCAUCUGAUAAAAUAGAUUUCAAAGCAACAAAGGUAUAGUGGUAAAAGGAUCAAUGCAACAAUAAGAGCUAACGACCCUAACACCCAGAUACAUAAGACCCAUAAAGAGAUUUAGACUCAACGAGACAGAAAAUUGAUGAGGACAGCAGGACUUGAACUCAGAUCCGGAACAAGUAAACUUAAUAAAUAUUUAUAGAGCUCUCCAUUUUAAAUACACAAAAUAUACAUUCUCCACUUUAAAUACACAAAAUAUUGAUCUGCCAUUAUUAAUACCCAUUUUCAGAAUAAAGCAAUAUUCCCGUUCUCUCUCCCACUUUUUCUUCCUCUUCUUCACUCCUUUUUUUCUCUUUCUUUAAAAAAAAGAAAGAAAAAAAAAGAACCUGGGAGAUGGAGGUUGCAGUGAGCCAAGAUCACACCACUGCACUCUAGCCUAAGCAACAGAGUGAGACUCUGCCAAAAAAUAAAAAGAAAAAACAUCACAGGCGGGCAUACGCCUUCUGUGAUGCUGGAAGUCAUGUCAUCCUCUCCUCCUCUGGCUAUUAGAAACACUGUCAUAGUGGGGGUGUACAUCUCCCGUGAUAUUGGGAGUAAUGUCAUGUCACCCCCACCCUGGAUAUCAGGAACAAUCACAGGGGUGGGGUUAACACCCCUGCGAUAUUAGGAGUAAUAUUAUCCUCUUCCCAUGUGGAUAUUAGGAACCAUAUCACAGAAUGGUGUACAGCCCCUGAGAUGCUGGAAUUAAUAUCGUUCUCUCCUGGAUAUUAGGAUCAGUAUCACAAGAAGUUGUACAGCCCCUGUGAUGCUGGGUGUAAUAUUAUCUUCUUCGCCCCAGGAACAAUAUCACAGAAAGGUGUACACCUGCUGUGAUUCUGGGGAUAAUGUUAUCUUCUUCCCUUCUGGACAUUAAGAACAAUAUCACCAUGGGGUGUACACACCCUGCAAUGUUGGGAGAAAUAUCAGCCUCUCUCGGUCCGGCGCGGUGGCGCAUGCCUGUAAUCCCAGCACUUUGGGAGGCCGAGGCAGGUGGAUCACUUGAGGUCGGGAGUUUGAGACCAGCCUGACCAACGUGGAGAAACCCCAUCUCUAUAAAAAUACAAAAAAUUAACCGGUGUGGUGGCUCAUACCUAUAAUCCCAGCUACUUGGGAAGGUGAGGCAGAAGAAUUGUUUGAACACAGGAGGCAGCGGUUGCAGUGAGCUGAGUUCACAUCACUGCUGCACUCCAGCCUCACGAAAGAGCAAGAUUCUGUCUCAAAAAAAAAAGAUAUUUAUGAAUAGUUUCCAAACUUUGGAGGGAUCAAGAAGGGAGAGGAAAAACAUACACUUCCACUCACCUUUUUCACAAAAUUGUGGCUUACAAAUCAGUGUAAAUUACAGAUGACUUCUAAUAAAGACGUUUCUUAAAUCUAGAAAAGAAAACAAGUGAAGGGCCGGGAGUGGGGCUCAGACCUGUAAUCCCAGUACUUUGGGAGUCCCAGGCA